AUGUUCCUGUGGCUGCUGCUGUUGAUCCUGGCUCCUGGAAGAGAACAACUGGGAACCCCUCCAAAAGCUGCCCUUCUCCUCGAUCCUCCAUGGUCCACGACCUUCAAAGGCAAUAAAGUGAUUCUCAUAUGCAAAGAUUUCCAUUCCCCAGCCUGGAGAGAUGUAUUUUGGUAUCAUGAUGGGAAUGUCUGGAAAACAGAAUCUAACAAGAUCCAAACUGAACAUUCUGGAUAUUACCAAUGCAAAACACAAGGAUCUUCCCUCAGUGACCCUGUGCAUGUGGAAUUUUCAGAUGAUUGGCUGAUUCUGCAGGUUUCACACCCUGUCUUUGAAGGAGAUGAUGUAGUCCUGAGAUGCCAGGGGAAAGAAGAAGAGAAAACAAGUGAGAAGGCGUACUACAAGAAUUUUAAACGACUUCCUGACAAUAACAACCCAGACUGCAUUACACUAAAUUCAGUCUCCAGGGACAGUGGUAAAUAUUAUUGUACUGCUUCAAGGAAAAUACUUGGAAUUUUAUGGCCAAAAACCUCAACACCUCUAAACAUCCAAGUUCAAGAGCUGUUUCCACAGCCUGUGCUGACAGCAAGCCCCACUCAGCCUAUCGAAGGGGGUCUAAUGACCCUGACCUGUGAGACCCAGGUCCAUCCACAGAAGUCAGAUGUCCAGCUCCACUUCCACUUCUACAGAGAUGACCAGGGCCUGCAGCCAGGCUGGAGUAGUUCCCCAGAUUUCCAGAUCCCCACGACAAGGAAGGAAGACUCAGGCUCUUACUGGUGUAAGGCAAAGACAAUAAACAACAGCAUCAUCAAAAAGAGCCCAAGAUUACAGAUACGUGUGCAGAGGAUCCCUGUAUCUGAGGUGAAUCUAGAGAUCCGGCCCCAUGGGGGGAACCUGACUGAAGGAGAAGACAUGGUCCUUAUCUGCUCUGUAACCAAGGGCACAGGGGCUGUCACAUUCUCCUGGCAUCGAGACGGAACAGUGAGUCUGGGCAGAAAGACCCAGCAUUCCCUGCUGGCAGAGCUGCAGGUGCCUGCUGUGAAGGAGUACCAUGCUGGGAGAUACUACUGUGCAGCUGACAACAAUCACGUUCCAGUCCUCAGCAAGUGGAUUACAGUCACCGUGAGAAUACCAGUGUCUCGCCCUGUCCUCACCUUCAGGGCCUCUGGGGCCCGGACUGUGGUGGGGGACGUGGUGGAGCUGCACUGUGAGGCCCUGAGAGGGUCUCCUCCAAUCCUGUACCGGUUUUAUCACGAGAACGUCACCCUGGGGAACAGCUCAGCCCCCACUGGAGGAGGAGCCGCCUUCAACCUCUCUCUGACAGCAGCACAUUCUGGAAACUACUCCUGUGAGGCUGACAAUGGCGUGGGGACUGAGCGCAGUCACAGAGUGAGUCUCACGGUCCUAGUUCCAGUAUCUCGCCCUGUCCUCACCCUCGUGGUCCCUGGGGCCUGGGCUGUGGUGGGGGACGUGGUAGAGCUGCACUGUGAGGCCCUGAGAGGGUCUCCCCCAAUCCUGUACCGGUUUUAUCAUGAAGACGUCACCUUGGGAAACAGCUCAGCCCACACUGGAGGAGGAGCCACCUUCAACCUCUCCCUGACGCCAGAACAUUCUGGAAACUACUCCUGUGAGGCUGACAAUGGCCUGGGGGCCCAGCGCAGUGAGGUGGUGUCACUCUCCAUCUCAGGUGCUUCCAAGAGCAGACUAGGCCUCAUCAUGGCAGGAGCCAGUGGGGCACUCAUCGUUGGUCUUGCCACUGCUGCCGCUCUGCUGCUCCACCUCAGGACCCAGAGGAGAUCGGGAGGACCUUCUGCCCCUGGCACAUCCAGUUAUAAUCCCAAUAAGUGUCAAGAGCCUUCCUUUUUCAGCACCUCCAACAUACACCCCCAAGAGCUUUCCUAUUCUGAGCCACCAGCGAUGAUGGAGUUCCAGCCAGUGUAUAAUGAUCCUAGAGACAGCGACCUGGUUUAUUCCCAGAUCUGGAUCACUCAGAAUGCAUAUAAAAAUCCAGCAGAUUCACCGAGGAUGCCCCACCAGGUUACGGAACCCACAGUCAUUUACUCCGAGUUGAAGGCACACACAGAUGACUGUGCCGAGAAGUCCAGCAGGAGAGGCAGUGCCCAUGAAGAUGCUACAGACAAUUAUGAGAACGUUCCGUGUGCAUCAGCAGCCUUGAGGCACUAG